CCGGAGCGCAGCGUCACGUAUGAGCAACGAGGAGAAGCGGGUGCUGGAUAAAGCCAACGAAGAGGUGUGGAACGACUUCAGACAGGCGGCCGAGGCCCACCGACAAGUCCGCAAGCACGUCCGUGGCUUCCUCAAACCAGGCCUGACCAUGAUCGAAAUCUGCGAGCGUUUGGAGGACUGUUCUCGUAAGCUGAUCAAGGAGAACGGGCUGAACGCCGGCCUGGCCUUCCCCACCGGCUGCUCCCUGAACCACUGCGCCGCCCACUACACCCCCAACGCCGGAGACCCCACCGUCCUGCAGUACGACGACGUCUGCAAGAUCGACUUCGGCACACACAUCAACGGGCGAAUCAURGACUGUGCCUUCACCGUCACGUUCAACCCAAAGUACGACAAGCUGCUGGAGGCCGUCCAAGACGCCACCAACACUGGAAUCAAAAACGCCGGCAUCGACGUGCGCCUGUGUGACGUGGGAGAAGCUAUUCAGGAGGUGAUGGAGUCCUACGAGGUCGAGCUCGAUGGGAAAACAUACCAAGUGAAGCCAAUCCGAAACCUGAACGGUCACUCCAUCGGUCAGUACCGGAUACACGCUGGGAAGACGGUGCCCAUCGUGAAAGGAGGGGAAGCAACAAAAAUGGAGGAGGGGGAGGUUUACGCCAUCGAGACGUUCGGCAGCACAGGCAAAGGCGUGGUCCACGACGACAUGGAGUGCUCUCACUACAUGAAGAACUUCGACGUGGGCCACGUCCCCAUCAGGCUGCCCCGAGCGAAGCACCUGCUGAACGUCAUCAACGAGAACUUCGGCACGCUGGCGUUCUGCCGCCGCUGGCUGGACCGCCUCGGCGAGAGCAAGUACCUGAUGGCCCUGAAGAACCUGUGCGACCUGGGCAUCGUGGACCCCUACCCCCCGCUCUGCGACACCAAAGGCUGCUACACCGCUCAGUUCGAGCACACCAUCCUGCUCAGGCCCACCUGCAAGGAGGUGGUGAGCCGAGGAGACGACUACUGACCCGGCCCCUCCUCCACAAAACCGGAKGCUUUCGACCUUCACACACCUCAACACACGCCACGCCCUUCCAGAAAGAGAUUCUGAAAAUGAGGGGGGGUUCUCAGAGCAGCAGCAAAGAAUAACAAACGUAGUUUAUCUACAAUACACUCAAUACAAGACAGGAGGAGCUUUAGAGUUUUUUAUCAACUACAGAUAAAGUUUUUGGAUCUUAUUUAGUAAACAAAAGAAAAAAACACACAAAAAUGUUAGRUAAUGUAUUGAAGCUGUCGCAGAAUUCGGUGCGACUCAGUAUUUAAACAGAAUGUGAGCAUGGGAAAUGUUUUAUUUCCUCCGUUUCAGUUUGUCUGACUCCACUCUGAGCCUGGAGGGUUUCCAGAUCAGUCAAAGCUUUAUGUUCAUGCAGACCCAUACCUGCAGCUGUGUGUCCGGCUUCUGGCUCUGCGGGAGGGAACUCUGCACUCUGGUCCUCCAAACGUUCUGUGAUAUUUGUGUAAUAUCUCUGAAGCGGCCGCUGUUUGUUCCCUGUUCAAACGCUUCACCUGGAACGCGCCCUGAAAAAGGUUUUGUAAGAAAAGAAAACAGAUAAUUAAAAUAAUUUUUGGCUCAUUUUA